GGCCGCUCCUCCGGCCCGGGGAGCGGUGGCGGAGGGCGCUGGGCGCGCAGGCGGCCACCCGGCUCUGCCCCGACCUCUCUCCGCCGACUCCCGCCUCUCCCUCCGCUCCCCCUCGGCCCCUCCUUCCACACUCCGCUGCCUCCUCUCCCCGGAGAGCUUCCCGGCACCUUCCGCGACGACUUUGGAGCCGGCCCACCGCGGAGCCCACGGCCGUCCGAGCGCGAGCCACGCAGGUGUCCGAGCCCCGCGCCGCCGUCAUCUUCGCCCCCGCCUGGCUGGGACCUGGGCCUCGAGGUCUCCUCGCUACUUUGGAAACUGAAGGGACUGCGACGGAAACCAAUUUACUGUUUUUUAGGUGUACUUCUCUGAAGAUGAUUUGUCAAAAGUUCUGUGUGGCUUUGUUACAUUGGGAAUUUAUUUAUGUAAUAACUGCAUUUAACUUGGCAUAUCCAAUUACUCCUUGGAAAUUUAAGUUGUCUUGCAUGCCAUCAAAUACAACAUAUGACUUGCUCUUUGCUCCUGGAAUUUCAAAGAACACUUCAAAUUUGAAUGGACGUUAUGAGGCAGUUGUUGAAACUAAGCUUAAUUCAAGUGGUACCUACUUAUCUAACUUAUCAUCCAGAACAACUUUCCACUGUUGUUUUUGGAGCGAGGAAGAUAAAAACUGCUCUGUAUAUGCAGACGACAUUGAACGGAAGGCACUUGUUACAACAGUAAAUUCUUUAGUUUAUCAGCAAACAGGUGCAAACUGGAACAUACAGUGCUGGAUGAAAGAGGACUUGAAAUUAUUCAUCUGUUAUAUUGAGUCAUUGUUUAAGAAUCCUUUCAAGAAUUAUGACCUUAAGGUCCAUCUUUUAUAUGUUCUGCUUGACGUGCUAGAAGAAUCACCUCUGCUCCCCCAGACAGACGGUUUUCAGAUUGUUCAGUGCAACUGCAGUGUUCAGGAGUGUUGUGAAUGUCGUGUGCCCGUGCCGACAGCCAAACUCAAUAGCACCCUUCUUAUGUAUUUGAAAAUCACAUCUGGUGGAGUCGUUUUUCCCUCACCUCCAAUGUCAGCUCAGCCCAUUAAUGUUGUGAAGCCUGAUCCACCAUUAGGUUUGCAUAUGGAAAUCACAGACACGGGUAGUUUAAAGAUUUCAUGGUCCAGCCCAACAUUGGUACCAUUUCAACUUCAAUAUCAAGUGAAAUAUUCAGAGAAUUCUACAAAAAAUAUGAGAAAAGCUGAUGAGAUUGUCUCAGCUACAUCUCUGCUAGUAGACAAUGUGCUUCCUGGGUCUUCAUAUGACGUGCAGGUGAGGAGCAAGAGAUUGGAUGGCCUAGGACUCUGGAGUGACUGGAGCGCCCUUCUUACCUUUACUACACAAGAUGUCAUAUACUUUCCACCUAAAAUUCUGACAACGGUUGGGUCUAAUGUUUCUUUUCACUGUAUCUAUAAAAAUGAAAAGAAGAUCGUUCCCUCAAAAAAGAUUGUUUGGUGGUUGAAUUUAGCUGAGAAAAUUCCUCAAAGCCAGUAUGAUGUUGUGGAUGAUCAUAUUAGCAAAGUUACUUUUCCCAACUUGAAUGCAACCAAACCCCGAGGAAAGUUCACCUAUGAUGCAGUGUACUGCUGCAAUGAGCAAGAGUGCCAUCAUCGCUAUGCUGAGUUAUAUGUGAUUGAUGUCAAUAUCAAUAUAUCAUGUGAAACUGAUGGGUACUUAACUAAAAUGACUUGCAGAUGGUCACCCAAUGCAAUCCAAUCACUUGCAGGAAGCAAUUUGCAGCUGAGGUAUCAUAGGAGCAGCCUUUACUGUUCUGAUGUUCCAUCUAUUCAUCCUGUAUCUGAACCCAAAGAUUGCCACUUGCAGAGAGAUGGUUUUUAUGAAUGCAUAUUUCAGCCAAUCUUUCUAUUAUCUGGCUAUACAAUGUGGAUUAGAGUUAAUCACACGUUGGGCUCACUGGACUCUCCACCAACUUGUGUCAUUCCUGAUUCUGUGGUGAAACCACUGCCUCCAUCCAGUGUGAAAGCAGAAAUUACUGUAAAAAUUGGAUUAUUGAAAAUAUCUUGGGAAAAGCCAGUCUUUCCAGAGAAUAAUCUUCAGUUCCAGAUUCGCUAUGGUUUAAGUGGAAAACAAGUACAAUGGAAGAUGUUUGAGGUAUAUGAUGCAAAACUAAAAUCUGCCAGUCUCCCAGUGCCAGACCUCUGUGCAGUCUAUACUGUCCAGGUGCGCUGUAAGAGGCUAGAUGGACUGGGAUAUUGGAGUAAUUGGAGCACUCCAGCCCACACAGUUGUCAUGGAUGUGAAAGUUCCUAUCAGAGGACCUGAAUUUUGGAGAAUAAUUAGUGAAGACACCACUAAAAAAGAGAGAAAUGUCACUUUGCUUUGGAAGCCCCUGAUGAAAAAUGACUCGUUGUGCAGUGUAAGAAGAUAUGUGGUAAAACAUCAUACUUCCCACAAUGGAACGUGGUCGGAAGAUGUGGGAAGUCACACUAAACUCACUUUCCUUUGGACAGAGCAAGCACAUUCUGUUACGGUUCUGGCCAUCAAUUCAAUUGGUGCUUCUUCUGCAAAUUUUAAUUUAACAUUCUCAUGGUCUAUCAGCAAAGUAAAUAUCGUGCAGUCACUCAGCGCUUACCCCUUAAACAGCACUUGUGUAAUUCUUUCCUGGACGCUCUCACCCAGUGAUUACAACCUGAUGUAUUUUAUUCUUGAGUGGAAAAUUCUUAAUGAAGACAGUGAAAUUAAAUGGCUUAGAAUCCCUUCCUCUGUUAAGAAGUAUUAUGUCCACGAUCAUUUUAUCCCCAUUGAGAAGUAUCAGUUCAGUCUUUACCCAAUAUUUAUGGAAGGAGUAGGGAAACCGAAGAUAAUUAAUAGUUUUGCUCAAGAUGAUGAAAAACACCAGCAUGAUGCAGAUCUAUAUGUAAUCGUGCCAAUAAUAAUUUCCUCCUCAAUCUUAUUGCUUGGAACAUUGUCAGUAUCACAUCAAAGAAUGAAAAAGUUGUUUUGGGAAGAUGUUCCAAACCCCAAGAACUGUUCCUGGGCACAAGGACUUAAUUUUCAGAAGAGAACGGACAUUCUUUGAAGUCUAAUCAUGAUCACUACCGAUGAACCUAAUCUGCCAGCUUCCCAACAUUCUAUAGAGUAUUAGAAGAUUUUUACAUUUUGAAGAAGGGGAGACAAUCUAAAAAAAAUUGGUGAAACUAUUGAGAACUAAAAUAUGGUGGAUUAUGUUCAUUUAGAACUUAAAACAGAUGGGUAAAUUUGGAGUUCAAGACAUUGAUCUCAGUCCAGUUCAGUUUGGAUGUAUGAUUACUUCUCAGGUCAUCUCAAAAAUAGUAUUUAUGAUAUCUGGCUUUUGAUUUGUCCUUUGGUCAUAAAACAUUAAAAAAUAUGACUGUUGCUCUCAGCACAUAUCUAUUAGAUAUCAUCAAAUUUAUAAUAGACAGUGCUGUAACCACAGCUUCUGACACAUAACUUGGCAAAUACAAUGACUCUAAAUAUAAAAUGUAGCAAAAGUUUUUAGUUUACAUCUUAUGUCCAAAAAUUUCCAUUUUAUAUCCUUUUAUAGACACUUCAGCCUAUAAAUUGAACCAUUUGGGUAUUCUUUAUAAUGUCUUGGAGCUCUUAUAUUUAUCUAACUCUGAUCCAUAUGGGAAUUUUCAUUUUAGCCUUGAAAAUGGCCUAAAUGUUAACUUCCAUUUCAGUUCAAAGACAGUGUUCUGGUCGAAGGCCAGUAGAAGUUAUAGUUCAUUUUGGGAUGACCUGACAUAUCCAGGUCAGAUUUACCAGAUAAGAAAACACAUCAGCUUCCAAUUCGGCAUCUUUGUGAAAUUCUUGACUAAAUUUAAUUUAUUUACACUGAACCACCCAAAACUUCUAGCAGGCAGAGAAAUGGGCAGUGAUGCAAAAAGGGAGACUCUCUAAAGCUUUUAGAAAUAGCUUAAAGCAAACCCAGGACUUUCCUUCUUGAAAAAAAAGACCACCACUAAUGCUAGUGGUGAAUUACCUUGUGUGCCUUGCUGCUCACAUUCAAAAUAAACCAAAGCCGCUGUUUGAUUAACCCAAAUAAUAUUUAAAUUUAGGAUACAUAUAUAUUACUUACAUUUAGAUUUCAUUCACAGUUUUAUUUGAAGGUUAAAAAACCUAAAACUCAGGAAGAAAGUGUCCUUUCCCCACUUCAUUGACUUUUAAUAGAUGUCAUUGGAAUGUAAAAUUGAAGUGUGAAAAUAUGAAAGGAUAUUAAUCCCUUCUAGCUGAGUACAUAUUUAAUAUGCUCUCAGACUGUUCUAAAAUCUUGAAAUGUUAGAUGCAUAUGGUGAUUGAAAGGAUUUUUUAGUACACAUAUUCUUAAUGAAUGUCUGUGACCCAUUGAUAAAAUAUACUUUAAUAAUAUACGGAUAUGUGUUUGUUGUUGUUGUCUUCCAUUAUUAGUGAACUCUUUCAUCAAAUGCAUUUGAAGAAGUAAAUUGUUUGGUGUAACAGAUUAAUUACCGAUUAUGAAGUUUUAGAGGGCAUGAAAUAUGUCAAACAUGUCAUUUGAAGAACAUCUGUGAGUUUGCAUGCUAUGUGCCAUUAUUAUUUUUGUUUUCAAUGUUAAUAGUAUGCAGUUCCUUUAUUUGUAGAUCUUAAUUUCUUGGUUCAUUUAAAUUUUAAGAAAAUCAAUACAUAUAUAGUAGUAACCUUAAUAAAAAAUAAAACGAGCAAAAAAUUUUGAAGGAAAUUAUAUAAAUUUAAUUAUAUAUUUCUCUCAGAAAGAAAACAGGAUGAGAAAUAGUUUUCUCUUUACACAUUAUGUUCAUAUAAUAACAGAAAACUUUGUAUUAAUACAGUAUUUGUUAUUAUGUAGUAUUUUAGUCUCUAUAUAAAUCUAUUCCAUUAUAUUUGGUAUAUUUAUUCCUUUAUGUUUAUAAUCACCCAUGUAUUUCAUUGAGUUCAACAUUAUGUUAAAUGAAUUGUAUUUUUAUAUGGAAUAUAUUUGUCAUUAUGAAUGUUGAUUAUAUUGUUAUUUCAAGCAAUAUAUCUGAAUUCAUUCUUUUAGUUUAAGAAUUAUAAAAUUCAAAAUUUUAAUCAUAUGUAUAGCAUAAAAUUGAACACAUUUUCUAUAGUACUUCAUUUAGUUGUGUUAAUUUUUCAAUCUGCUGUGUCUACAGUUUUAUUUUGCAUUUAUUUUUUCAAUAUGUUUACAUUGUAUGAGUUGAGCUUUUUUGCACAUAGAUGCUUGCUUGUAGCUGCUUAGCAGGGUUUGUUGUUGUAAUGUAACCACUGUUCUUAUAAAAAUAUGAUGUGCA